AGGCGCGAUGGGUGGGGAGGCAGAAACAAACUCCGUGACGUCACGCAUCACCGAGCCGAAAAUUUAGUGAGAGCGAGCGAGACGGCAAGAUUUGCCGCAUGGCAAGUGACUACACGGUGGGGAGAAAGCAAUGUGAGCACGGAUAAACAGUCAAGUUUUCGAUGUGGCAGAGAACGGUUGAUUUUAUGUUACGAGAAAUGAACUGACAAGUUCAGAACCUUAACUUCGAUUUCACUUCGUCAGUCUUGUUUGUUCGAGUUCUGUUUAUGUGAAAUUUUUACAAGUGUAUUUUUUUUCGAAUUGUUUUUUUUGUGAUUCAUCAUGUUGACGUCUGCAGGCAAUCAGUAUCUCAGACCGGAGUAUUUAACACCUCUUCCAACCACGUUGGACGCAAAGAAAAGUCCCUUGGCUCUCCUCGCCCAAACAUGCAGCCAAAUUGGCGCCGACGCUCCCAACUCCAAGCUCAUCCAAAGCGCCGAGAAAUCGAGCAAAAGCAGCAAGUCCGAAACCUCCAAGGAGAAAUCCAACAAUUCAACCAACUCAGACAAUCACCACAAGCUCAGUUUCAAAUCUUACGAUGGCUCCUACCCAUCCAGAGAAAAAUCCAGGUCUCCAGAAGAUAGAUCCAGCACAGCCUCCAGCGGCAGUAGGGUUAGGACACCUGUAGCCUCCAAGAACGGUAGCAACCGUUGUGCCAGUACCAACAGCGCGUCAUCUCCAAGACCUCCUUCAUCUACAGACCGAAAAACACCAGCUAGCGAAGCUCAGAAUGGUAGCGAUAGGAAUUCCGCGUCCCCAGAGAAAGAAAGUGAAAGAUGCAGUCCUAGAACACCCUCUUCGAGUGCUUCAAAAACCGCCUUCACUCCCAACAUCUUGACUUCUUCGUCUGACCCUUCCAUCAAGGACCUUCCACUUGGCACCUUCAAACCUGGAGUGCCUGUAUCCUCGUCUUAUCUAUCGGGAUACCCAGCAGGUUUUCCAGGAAUCCCCGGAAUACCCAUGGAUUUCAUGACCAGCAGCUUCAUGUCUCACCACCACGCAAUGAAAAACAGUGGCUUGAAUCCUUAUCUAGGGUAUGGAAGACUCAAAACUGCCGAUUCAGUGUGUCGCGAUCCUUACUGUACAGGGUGUGGCGUAAACUCGCACCUACUGACUCCGUCUAGUGUUGGAAGUGUUAAAACUGGUGUUUGUCCCGCUGGUUGUGCCCAAUGUGAUCAUGCCAAAGUGCCAACAUCAUCUGCGUAUCUUGGACAUAGUCAAGCAGCCGCGGCUUAUGCUCAUGCCCAGCUGGCUGCUUUGGCAGCAGCUUCACAUCUACCCUAUGUGUGUAAUUGGAUAUCUGGUGAUGCUGCUUAUUGUGGGAAAAGGUUUUCCAGUUCCGAAGAACUCUUAGCUCACCUCAGGACUCAUACAAGUGUCAACUCGGUUAGUGAAGCAAGCAGUGCGUUGUCCAUGUUGAGCAAUUCAGGGAUUCCUCCCUCUCAUCCCCUGUUUCACAGGACCUAUCCUACGCCUCCUCUUAGUCCUUUGGCCACAGCGAGAUUCCAUCCUUACUCGAAACCUCCACUACUACCACCAUCUUUAACAACUUCUCCUCUAUCUAGUUUUCCUUUGUCACACCCUGGUUUUCCACCAUACCUAUCACCGUAUUCUCUGUAUGGCCCUAGAUUAGGUUCGUCUCCAAGUAUGCACCCCUAAACUUAGGCGUCCAAAGGUACUAGAGAAGCCAAAUAAAUGCUGUGUUAAUGUAGACUUUUAAUUCCUAGUCUAUUCGAAACAUUGUGUGACCACGACUUUAGAUAUGUGGACUUGUAUGUGUGAUAUUAUGUAUAACAACAGAGGACUCGCUGAACUCUCUAUGCUCCCGGAAGAUGGAGCUGUAACUAAGAUUGAUAAUGGUUUUUUUACUCGGAUCUCAUAUUCUUGUCACUUAUCGAACUAAGCUAAAAAUGAGGAUUUCUAUUAAAUUGUAUGAUCAUUCGACAAGUGCCCGAUCAAAAUUGGAAUUUUUAUUGUAUAUAUUAUAUUUAUUUUGAAUAUUUUUAUAAGUCGGGCGUUUGACGAUGAUCAUCACAUAUAUCGACCAUUAUCUUUCCGCUGUAGUUUUGAAUUUUUUUUGUGAGCUGGCUCAUUUUGGGCCAGUAAAUUCACUUGGCUCGUGAUGUUGAUAUUGGACUGUUUUGAACUCAUGUAAUAUAACUGUCCGUAUUCGAGUUGUUCUUUGUAAAUAUAUUUCCUAAUCAUAUCAUAUAUUGUACCUAUUGUAACUGAAUGAAGAAAAUGACUAUUUUUAUUGUUAAUGACUUCGCAAAUGUGUUAAUUUUAUUUCUUUAUUUGGAAAAUAUUAAAUAUUCUUCGAAUUGAAA